UAGAACAAACAUUAGAUGAACCAAAUAUAGUUCUUCUUCGAAUUAUUAAUACUCGAUGGCUUUCAUUAAGUAAUGUUGUAUCUAAUUUACAUCGAAUAUUAGACUCUGUUAAGAUAGCAUUACAAGAAGAUUCUUCAAAAAGUGCUGACUACAUUACUAUUUCUGAGGUUUAUACACAUUUAAAAGCAACUAUUGAUACAAUUACUACUCAAUAUAUUGGCCGUAAUGGAAUGCCACCAAACUAUGAAAACUUUUUAAAAGAAUAUAUUGAUGAGCAAGGAAUAUUGUUCGAAGAACUUCCAGAUUUUAUUUCUCAAUUUGCUAUUGCUACUAUUGAAUCUCUUCAAGAUCGUUUUCCUGAUUCUGAGAUAUUAAAUUCACUAAGAAUUUUUGAUCCACGUGAAUUACCACCACAAUAUAAUCAAAUUCAUUCUUAUGGUAAUAAUGAAAUUAAAACAUUAGUAAAAUUCUAUGGAAAACCAAAAAAUUUUUGUCAAAUUGAAUACCAGCCAAUUAUUGAUGAAAGUGAAAUAUUUGACUGGGAAAAAGCAUAUAAUUACUGGAUAACAAAAGAUAGACGCAUUUAG